AUGCAUGGGACCAAGGCAGCAGCUUCUGUUGUAGAAGAACAUGUCUCCCAGAUGAUGGGGUCAGAACGUGAGGAUGAAGAGUAUGCUGAUGUGGACUGGGACAACCUCGGAUUCAGUCUUGUACCAACAGAUUACAUGUUCGCCACCAGAAGCUGUAAAGAAGGAAACUUCGAACAAGGUUGCCUUAGCCGUUACGGCAACAUGGAGCUCAACCCUGCUGCUGGAAUUCUCAACUAUGGCCAGGGACUAAUAGAGGGAAUGAAGGCGUACAGAGGAGAAGACGGUAGGGUUCUCAUGUUUCGUCCAGAGCUAAAUGCGAUGCGUAUGAAGAAUGGAGCUGAGAGAAUGUGUAUGCAUUCUCCUUCUGUUCAACAGUUUAUGGAAGGUGUCAAGCAGACCGUUCUUGCAAACAUACGUUGGGUUCCUCCUCAAGGAAAAGGCUCGUUGUAUCUAAGACCGUUGUUGUUUGGAAGUGGAGCAAGCUUGGGUGUGUCUGCAGCAUCAGAGUACACUUUUCUUGUGUUUGGCUCUCCUGUUCAAAACUAUUUUAAGGAAGGCACAGCAGCGUUGAACCUCUACGUUGAGGAGGUGGUUCCACGCGCGUAUCUUGGAGGAACUGGUGCUGUUAAGGCCAUUUCUAAUUACGGUCCAGUGCUUGACGUGAUGAGAAGAGCGAAAGCGAGAGGGUUUUCGGAUGUAUUGUAUCUUGAUGCAGAAACUAAGAAGAACAUAGAAGAAGUUUCUUCUGCUAAUAUAUUCCUUGUGAAGGGGAAUACAAUAGUGACUCCAGCUACAAAUGGGACGAUACUCAGAGGGAUUACACGAGAGAGUGUUAUCGAAAUUGCACUUGAUCUUGGUUAUAAGGUGGAAGAGAGAGUAGUUCCGGUAGAAGAACUGAAGGAAGCAGAAGAAGUUUUCUGCACUGGAACUGCUGCUGGAAUUGCUUCUGUUGGAAGCAUCACGUUUCAAGACAUAAGGACUGAGUACAAAGUGGGAGAAGGGCUAGUUACACAGCAACUUCAGUCUAUUCUUGUCGGAAUACAAACUGGUUCUAUCCAAGACACUAAGAACUGGGUUGUUGAGAUUGACUAAUUUGAGAGAAAAAAAAACUAUACUAUUAUGUUGCACUCUUUUGAUGUAUCAAAAGAUUUGUAACUUGAAAAUGGGUUUUGUCCAAUGGUCGUUUGUAAUAUAAAUUUAUUCAGA